UCUGCUUCCACUUGGUUAAUCUUUGUUGUAGCUAAAGAUAAGUUAUCUAUCAGAGGAUAGCAGGGAGGAUCUUCCUGGUGGUUGAUGUCUACAGAUCUGAUGUGUCUCUCAAGAACACACAGUGGUUAAGUUUAGACUCUGUGGUUAUUAGCUCACGUCCUCCAAACACAGUCACAGUCUUUUCUCAGCUGUGCUGCGGACCGAUCGGACAUUUGAACCAGAAGCAGUUGAGUCGACACAUUAAAGUAAGUUAGGAUGGAGCCAAAGAGUUCCUGGUGCUUCAUGUUACUGCUGGCUGGUGCUGUGAGUCAACGUGUGAUCUAUUCAGAUCCAGUUUGUGGUGUUAGAGGAUCCACAGUGACCCUCCCCUGCACCUUCACACCACGGAAGACUGUCACUGAGGAUGGAAGAGAGGUUUUGGUUGAGAUCAUCAGAGUCGUUUGGUGCCAGAACCAUCAAAUUUGUAGUGGUUCCACUCCGACUGUGACCGACAACACAUUACAAAACAACGCCAACAACCCUCGUUAUCGUUACCUGGGAGACACGAAGGGAAACUGCACUUUACAGAUCUCAAGUCUAAAGAAGGAAGACGAUAAAACUCUUCGCUUCAGAAUGGAAGAUGAAAACAAGUUAUCCUUUUACACUAACCAAACAGGAGUGAGAGUCACAGUCGAUGAUAAGACUCAAAUGAAGAUACUGAGCUCCUUUAAGAGAGGUGAAGCCGUCACACUGACCUGCACUACAGAGUGCACCUUCCACCAACUGGAGGUCACCUGGUUCAGAGAUGGCCACGCUCUCACAUACACUGGCCCCUCCCUCCACCUCAGCCCUCUGAAAGCAGAGGAUUCUGGGAACUACACCUGUGAUUUGAAGAACACCGUCGGCACACUCUCCCAUCCGUUCAGUCUGAAUGUGGAGGCUGGAGAGGAAGAACAGAGUACCCACACAGGAGGUGUUGACACACUGCUGGCUGUCCGACUGGUUCUCUUCAGUAUGCACACUGUGCUCAUCAUCAUAGUGGCAUCCAUCGUCAUCAGAAGGUAACUUUACCUACAAAAACAAAUACA